CAGCAGCAGCUGGGCAGACGUCUCAUUUUACUGUCAGACAUGGAGAUGAAGUCACUUUGCCCUCUGAUUGUGCUCAGGUUAAACUGAAUAACUGUGAUAAAACUAGAUGGAUGUACAGUGAUUUUAGAAAUCCAGCAGUAACACUGUUUGAAGAUGGGAAGAUUAAUAAAGAUGCUCAAAGUAAAUCAGACAGACUGAGAGUUACAGACAACUGUUCUCUGGUUCUAAAGGAGGUCAGAGAUGAAGAUGCUGGACUUUACAUCUGCAGACAGUUUGAUACAUCAGGACAUCAACAAGGACAAUACUUUUCGGCUUAUCUGUCUGUUGUUAACAUAACUGAAGUGAAGAACAACAAUAAAGUCACGUUGAGCUGCUCUGUUACAUCAUGUGACAGAUGUCGACACACAGUGAAGUGGCUGCAGGAGGAGAAAGAUAUUAUUCAGAACAACAACAUAAAGACAUCUCAGUCUGACUGUUCAGCCUCUCUGACCUUCACACCUCCUCAUGUUUACACCUCAAAGAGUUCUGAGUCCUUCAUGUGUCGAG